AUGUUUGAAAGGCCAAUUCCUUCGUCGUCAUUGGCAUCCACUUAUUCACCCAGAAGAUAUGGUGUCUAUGCAGUGCUUCAUCCCUCACAACCAUCUCCACCUUCCGAUUUGUUUUAUGAAUUUCCAAUUUUUUUGCAGUUAUUGGAUCGAUACAUUCAUUCAGAAAUCAAGAGUGUUGCAACCGAUCAUCAUCAUUUGGAGUAUGGUACUCAACAUAUUUGGGGUAAUUUAUUUCACGUUACGUUGGUAGGAUUUACAGAAAUGCCGGCUCAUGAUCUUGAUGAUCUCAAGAAAGUGUUAUCGGAGAUGGAAAAUGUUGGAACUCGAGACCACAACGAGUCCGAAGAAAUUACUUUAAAGUGGAGAAUGAGUCAUGAUAAAGAACAACCAUUACUCGAUUUUAGGGUCAUGUUCAAAAAUCAGGGAUUUGUUGAGAUUGUUCAAAAGUUGUCUGAAAUGGAAUUUUACAAAAUUGAACAUCACAGAAAACGACUUCGGCUUAAAAACGAUUAUCAUGCUUCAUUGUUAUCCGACGUAAAACCUUGUAAGAAGGAUGAGAUUGUGAAUUUCUUUUCCAAAUAUAGGGAUUUACUACCGAACAUUUAUGCAUGCCUAGUGGAUGACUCCGAUGGCACUUGUCAACAAAUUAUUUCGGACAUGUUCAAAAAUUUGAGGUGGUGUCUGAAAAUUGUGAGCUAUGACAAUGUCAAAGAACCGCUUGAAAGAUGGAAAGAACACGACACAUUCAUCAUGUAG